UAAAGGCCGGCUUCAAAUACCUUUGCAUUUCUACUCUUUAUUUUUAAACGCCACAAGUGUUUUUUUAGUUUCUUAUCAGGAAUGUACAAUUCGAAAAGCCAAGACCUUGACCGGGAGUAUUUUCCUAGCUAUCAUACUACCAGGUUUCAAAAUGAACCGGAACCAAAUUUGGCCGUGGUUGACCAUUUUAUGAAGAUAACCCAACAGCAUGAAAGAGAUUUGAAGAAUCAGGGCAUCAUUGUGGAGAACUUGCGCUAUGGCGAAGGUCGGCGAGUAGUGGAUGUUUUCUCUGAUAAUAAUACACCCAACCAGAGCCCACUUUUCGUGUUCGUACAUGGCGGCUACUGGCAGAUGCUGGACAAGAGCAACUCUUGCUCGAUCGUAGGGCCACUAGUGCGACAGGGAUUCCGCGUGGCCGUCAUGGAUUACAAUCUGUGCCCUUCCGUGACCCUCGAAAAGCUAAUGACGGAGUUCAGUCAGUUCCUUGAGUGGAUUUUCAGAUAUGCCGAGCUCACACACGUUAUGGAAAUAACAUUCGCCGGCCACUCGGCGGGCGCUCAUUUGCUGGCCCGGAUCCUCAACUCACCCGACGUGGUCAGUCCCCAGCGGAGCCAGAUGUGCUGGGCUCUGAUCUUCAUGUGCGGUGUGUACGACUUGAGGGAGCUAUACAAUCUGGAAUCGGUGAAUCCCAAAAACAUUCUGGGCCUCGACGGACGCAAAGCGGAGGGUCUGUCGCCCAUGCUUUGGACGUACACUAAUGUAGGUAGUUGGAGAUCGACGCGGAUCCAUGUAGUGGUCGCGGAGCACGACAGUGGUACCUUCAUAGGGCAGAGUCGGCGCUUUAGCGAGGUUCUGUCGAAUGCGGGCUUCCACACCACCUUUAAGGUCUUUGCAAAGUACGAUCACUUCGACAUAAUAGAAGAGACGGCCAUAGAUGAGUCCGAAAUAGUCCGGUAUCUGCGCAAUAUCCGGAAUGAAUAAGCUAUUUGUUCAGUUAUUUCAUCGUUAUUUUACUUUGUAAAACAAUCUCUUAGUCUAGUAGUAUGUAUUCCAUAUGUACACUAGCAUAUUGUGGCUUACUGGUACGGGUGCGGGCACUGCAAUAAAUUAGCUUGGUUUGGAUAAAACAAUAACUGAAGAAUCGAAUCUCGCCGGAAUAAAGUAAUCUUUGACCGAAAUUUGUUCACAGUAAA